GUUGUGACAUCACGGGAAGGUGACUGGCACAAGCGAAGGGAAGGUCCCGCACUCGAGCGUCAGCAGCACAGGCGGCCACUUCAUCCCUCCCUCCCGGCUUGUGUCAAUCUUCAAACAUGGUCUACAAAGUUAAUGACAAGGAUGACUUUGACAAGCAGCUAUCUGAAGCUGGUGGAAAGUUGGUCAUUGUUGAUUUUUAUGCAACCUGGUGUGGGCCUUGCAAGAUGAUUGCACCCAAGCUUGAGGCUAUGAGUCAGGAGAUGGAUGACGUAGUAUUCCUGAAGGUGGAUGUUGAUGAAUGUGAGGAUGUAGCUAUGGAACACCAGGUUUCUUGCAUGCCCACCUUUGUAUUCUUCAAAGAGGGCAAGAAGGUAGAGUCUUUCUCUGGGGCUAACGAAGAAAAGAUUCGUGAUGCCAUUGAAAGACUUCGAUAAAGUUGUUUGGUUAUUUUAAGGGCUUUACGUACAUUUAGUUCACGUUUAUUGAAUUGCAUUACCACACAAACCAUUUUUGUAACUAAUUGCAAUGGGUUAACCAUAUUGUUUCAUCAGUGUUGACAUUACUUAAGAUAUUGUCAAGGUUAGUAAAGUUUCAUUCUAAUGCAUUGCUGUUACCGUUAUAUACUUGUUUAAGUAACUUAUAUGUUUUUGAGUAAAUUUUAAAUCUUGGCAAUGUAUUUAAUUUUUCAGUUUUUAAUAGAAGCGUGUCAAACUUCAAAAGGAAUUGCUUAUAUUAUGGAUUUGUGCCUUCUAGUUGUAAUAUUUUAAAAUUCUUAAUGGGCAAUAAAAUAAUGAAUGCAAAA